UAAGUGGUCACGUGACCGAGUCACAUGAUGUUUUGUAAGAAUCAGAAGAAUCACAGUCACAAGGUUUUUGUAUAAAGCGUCAGUCGGCAGCUGCAGCUCAUCCGCCUGUGCCGUGUAGCCAAAAUCUUGCAUUGGACUUUGGUUUAAUUUCUGCAGGAUGAUGUUGUGGGGAUUGUUAUUGGCGACCUUAGUCGCGGCCUCAGCGGCAAAUGUGGAGCUUGAUCCGCUGUCUGAUGAGUACAUCGAUCACAUCAACUCCAUGCAUACCACUUGGAAAGCUGGCAGAAACUUCCACAAGAGCGUCUCCAUGAAGUACAUUACUGGACUGAUGGGUGUGCACCCUAACUGGAGGGAACACACCUUGCCGACGAAGCAGACCAUCUAUGGAAUCAGCUCAAACCUUGAAGAAAUCCCUGAAAACUUUGACGCUAGAGAUGCGUGGCCACAGUGCCCCACUCUGAAGGAAAUUCGGGAUCAAGGGUCGUGUGGAUCUUGCUGGGCUUUUGGAGCAGUCGAGGCCAUUUCUGACCGUAUCUGCAUUCACUCCAACGGCACUGUCAACGCGCACAUUUCCGCAGAGGACCUCUUGUCUUGCUGCCACUUGUGUGGUUUCGGCUGCAACGGUGGCUUCCCAUCUAGUGCCUGGCGCUACUGGGUGCACAAGGGUCUCGUCAGUGGAGGCAACUACGGCUCCAAGCAGGGUUGCCUGCCAUACGAAAUCGAACCUUGCGAACACCACGUGAACGGCACCCGGCUACCUUGCACCGGGGAAGGCCACACUCCCAAGUGCCAGAAGAAAUGCCAACCAGACUACGACGUUCCGUACAACAAGGACAAGCACUUUGGCAAAACGUCCUAUUCCAUCGAGAGAAAGAAUGUUGAGGAAAUCCAGCGCGAGAUCAUGACCAACGGUCCAGUCGAGGCUGCAUUCACGGUCUACAACGACUUCUUGCUCUACAAAUCUGGAGUGUACCAGCACGUUGACGGCUCUGCACUUGGAGGUCACGCUAUCAAGAUCCUGGGCUGGGGAGUCGAGAACGACACUCCCUACUGGCUGGUCGCCAACUCGUGGAACUCUGACUGGGGUGAUGGUGGCUUCUUCAAGAUUCUCAGGGGCCAGGACCACUGCGGCAUUGAGGAAUCGAUUGCUGCUGGAAUCCCUGCUUAAAAUUGCCAAAGAAUCUCUUAACUCUUCCAAAAUAAAUCUGAAUAAAUUUUCUUAACAGGAUUGUUCGGAUUUUCACUUGGUUUCUUUAAUAAAAAUUUGUAUUGAAA